CAACUCCAAUUUUUCGGAGUAGUAAAUACAUAUAGACAGUACAUAGUGUGUAAAGCACGUACAACGUGUAAUGUGAAUUGACUUUCGUGUAUUCACAUCAAACAAUAUGUGUGCGGUUGAUUGCUAUCAGUGAAAUAUCCCUCCACCUUAUACACCUCCAUCAUAUUACAUCGAGCAUUGGUGUCGCAUUUUUCAUUCUACAUAUGUGCAUUAUAUCAAUGUACAAAACCUACUCCUGCCAACUCAUCUUUUUCACAUUCACCGACCUAUGUUUUUCAUUAAAAAUGAAUAAUUUGCGUGGGCUGUGAGACUGAUAAGGUUGGAGUUCGUAGAGAGAACGAGAAGUCGAGGAGACAGUGAGGCAUAGGGUGUAAUGAACCUUGAUAUUUAAUGAAUGGAGAAAACAGUUGUGGCUAUGUUUGUGGAUUAUUUAAUUAUUCGCAUAUGAUUGUCAGGUGAUUUAACAGGGAUUUGUUAGGACAAAAACAACAAUGACUACAGCAGCAGUUACACUCACACCCGAGUAUAAUAGUAAAUUUUUUGAGUCUCUGCAGACCGACCUCAAGGCAUUAAGUGCCGAGACGAAGAAAAAAUAUCCGCAGAUUAAAGAGUCAUGCGAGGAGGGAAUAGCGAAACUGCGCACAGUGAUUAACAACCCAGGCGGCUCUUCGGUCUACCAUGUUGUUAAUCAAAUUCUGUAUCCCCUGGUCCAAGGGUGUGAGAGUAAAGACACGAAAAUAAUAAAGUUUUGCCUUGGAAUGAUGCAAAAGCUGAUAACCCAACAAGCAAUUGAUCAAAAAGGUGCACGUUACAUAACAGAUGCGCUUUGGAUGCUGAUGGAAUUAGGAAUAGAAGAAGUUAAAGUCCUCCAGACCGUGACACUUCUCCUAACCAGUAAUACAAUCGUCCAUGGCGAGACACUAGCCCGUAACUUGGUCCUUUGCUUUCGUCUGCACUUCACGAAAGACUCGACAACCAUCAACACAGCUGGGGCAACGGUUCGCCAGCUUGUCUCCCUAGUUUUUGAACGAGUCAUUGUUGAAGAUGAAUCACUAAAAAUUUCGAGGCAACCUCGAUCAGAGCCUGAGCAAGCUCUGGCCCAACCAGAUCAAUCUCAACCGAAGCAGAGUCACGCGGAAGAGCUGAGGCAGAGUUUAGCCCAAGCUCCAAAGGGUCUUGCCCCCUGUGCUGCUGAUGCAUUCCUCAUGUUCCAGGAUCUGGUCCAUCUAGUGAAUGCAGACCAACCGUACUGGCUCAUCGGCAUCACCGAAAUGACACGAACCUUCGGUUUGGAGCUUCUGGAGUCAGUUCUCACGAAUUUCUCAUCAGUGUUUUUCAAUCACCCAGAGUUCGGUUUUCUACUGAAGGAGCGAGUCUGCGCCCUUGUGAUCAAACUGUUCUCCCCUAAUAUUAAGUACAGAAACUCAGUACCAGCCUCUGUCCAACAAGCCACUCCUCUGGACAAGCCCUACUUUGCCAUCAGCAUGAGACUCCUUCGAGUUGUCUCAAUUCUGGUUCAAAAAUAUCACUCACUCUUGAUCACUGAAUGUGAAAUAUUUCUCUCACUAAUUGUGAAAUUCUUGGACCCCGAUAAGCCUGUUUGGCAGAGGGCUCUGGCUCUAGAAGUCCUCCACAAAAUGACAGUGCACACAGAUCUGUUGAUUAAUUUCUGCGAAUGUUAUGAUCUAAAACAACACACGACGAAUAUCUUCCAGGAUAUUGUCAACAGCCUUGGUGCAUAUGUUCACAGUCUGUUUGUGAAUCCAGUGCAGAUGAAUCCUCAGGUGAAUCCAGCUGGAGCCUCAGCAGCACAACAACCCUCAAUAGUUUCAGCGACUCUGCUGGCUGGAAUGCCCAUUGGCCCAGGUGUGUCACCCCAGCCUGGCUUCUACUCUCGAGGGAUUUGGCUGCCAAUCGUUGUUACAUACCCGAGUGGCCAGGCAAAGCCCAUAUACUUGGAGAUGCUGGAUAAGAUUGAGCCACCGCAGAUCCCCGAUGGCUACGGAAUCAGCAUCGCCUAUGCCUGUCUUUUAGAUAUCAUUGGUUCGAUUUCCUUUGGAAUUCUCGGCUCUAACAACAAUCAGACUGGAAGAGGAGGUGAAACACACGAGAGUAAUCGAUACAAGCCAACAGAAGCGGAGCAAAAGCUUCAUAUUCAGCUGAUAACAUCCAGCUGGUGUGGACUUCUAGCCGCACUAAGUCCAUUAGUGGAUGCCAGUACUGAUGAAUCCACGACUGAGAAUCUUCUGAAAGCAAUCCAAACUUUUGCGUCAUUGUGUGGCCUGUUGGAGCUCCAGACACCUCGAGAUGCUUUCAUAACCGCCAUUUGCAAAGCUUCAUUGCCUCUCCAUUACGCAUUGACCGUUUUGAAUACAAAUGGUAAUGGGAAUACUGUCAAGGGAAUGAGGACAGGUCCUCUAACACCAACGAGAAGUCAGCAGCAAGUGGAGAAUCAGUCUCAGAAUCAAACUCAAUCCCCUGCGCAACAUCAGGACUCCUGCCAUAAUUAUAAUCCUUCAAUUGUUGAGCCCUCGGAUUACAGACAGCAAGUGGUGGCAGUAGGAACCCCACUUCCAACAGCUUCAUUACCCAUUGGUGCUCAGCAUCAGGGACCAGUGAUGCUGACUGCGAAGAAUUUGCAGUGCAUGAGGGCACUGCUGAUGCUUGCCCAUUGUCAUGGAAGUAUUCUGGGGAGUGCCUGGCACCUCGUUCUCACUACUCUCCAGCAUCUUGUCUGGAUUCUUGGACUAAAACCAUCAACAGGAGGUUCAUUGAAAGCUGGACGAACAGCCACAGACUCAAACGCUGUUCUGACCACAGCUGUAAUGGCUGAUUUACCUGUACUCAGUGCCAUGUUGAGUAGAUUAUUUGAAAGCAGCCAGUAUCUGGAUGAUGUAGCUCUACAUCACCUCAUUGACGCUUUAUGCAAGUUGAGUCAGGAAGCUAUGGAACUGGCGUACACAAACAGAGAGCCAUCGUUGUUCGCUGUUGCCAAACUGCUGGAAACGGGUAUUGUUAAUCUUUCGAGAGUUGAGGUUCUCUGGAGACCUCUGACCAAUCACCUGCUGGAGGUUUGUCAGCAUCCUCACAUCCGGAUGAGGGAAUGGGGAGUGGAAGCCAUAACGUAUCUUGUUAAGUCUGCCUUGCAGUACAAGUAUCCAACUCCACUCAGGGACAAUCAGAAGCUACAGACGUUGUUGUUGGGACCGUUAUCAGAAUUAUCUUCUGUCAGACAUGCGGAUGUCCGCCAAAGACAGCUCGAGUGUGUACUUCAGAUCCUCCAUGGAGGUGGAGAGACUCUUCAUCACGGUUGGCCACUGGUUCUUGGCAUCAUCGGAGCUGUCUCUGAUCAUCAGGGGGAUAAUCUCGUGAGGAUUGCAUUCCAAUGCCUUCAACUCGUGGUUACAGAUUAUCUGCCUGUUAUGAGCUGGCGCUGUCUUCCUCUCUGCGUCGACACAGCUGCUAAAUUCGGUUCACAAACACAAGAGCUUAAUAUAUCAUUGACCGCUGUUGGACUCAUGUGGAAUAUCAGUGAUUACUUCUUCCAAAAUCAGGAAAAAAUACUGAAUUCAUUGAAAUCCAAUGAGUCUCAGGUGGAGAACAUUUUUCCUGAUUUCCCAGGGACAACGAAUAUGCCGUCAUUCGAUAAAUUGUGGAUGUGUUUGUACACAAGAUUGGGGGAUUUGUGUGUAGAUCCUAGACCCGCUGUUCGUAAAUCUGCUAGUCAGACGCUGUUCUCAACGAUUUCAGCACAUGGAGGAUUGCUACAUCAGCAGACAUGGCAGGCGGUUCUCUGGCAGGUGUUGUUCCCACUUCUGGAUAAGGUCAGAAAUCUGUCGAGUUCUGCGAGCAACGAGAAGGUUGAUACCAGUGGAAAUAUUCUUAUACAUCACAGUAGAAAUACAGCUCAGAAACAGUGGGCAGAGACCCAAGUACUGACAUUAAGUGGAGUGGCAAGGGUUUUCAAUACAAAGAGACAAUUACUGCAGACUUUGGGGGAUUUUCCAAGGGCCUGGUCUCUCCUUCUUGAAUUCAUCGAAUACUCAGCAUUGAGUAAAAACAACGAAGUGUCUUUAGCGGCGCUGAAGUCAUUCCAAGAGAUUCUUUAUAUUCAGAAGAAUGGCAACGCUGACAAUUAUCCCGAGGGCUCUUCAGUAUCUUCGAUGGAGUCCUUGUGGCUCGUCGUCUGGAGGGUGUGGCUGAAUAUCGGCAUGGAAAGCUCGGUCCUACCUUCUCUUUCACAGAGAGAUAAUUCUGAUGCACUCAUCAAUCAACAAACUGCUCAGAAUAUUUUGGUUGAUUCCAUACAGCAGCCUUAUGUUCCCUCUCAAGCCUUUCUUUCGGCAUUAAUUCAGAUAUUUCCAGCCAUAUUCCAACAUAUUAAAGAUAAAUUUGUGAGCAGUGAUGUGGAAAAAUUAUGUACAGUACUUAAGCACGUGGUACAGGUUCCGGUUCAUGGAGAAUCGACACCUUACAUCCUGCCCACAGUUCCUGACAUCAUCUUGACCCAACUUCAGGAUGGAGUUUUGCACUCCAUGGACCUUUUGAAGGGUGAAGCACUUAGUGGAGAGCCUGAGAAGCUCAACACCAUGAUCGGAUUCAUAUUUUUGCAAUUGUUGGAAUUUUCCAAACUAGCUUGCCAUCCGCCCUCAUCGAUGUAUGGAAAACUACAGAUUAAAACUAAUUACAAUAUGAAUCAGUCUCAGCAAAUGCGAAGUUCCUCCAACGAAUGGAUUACGAUGAAUUAUGUUCCCUUUGGGGAGAAAGCCUUAACGAUGGCUGUCAAUCUUUACGAAAAAACAUCCGCUGAGCCCGUGGUUAUUGAUGAAGAGAUCUUGAAGCACAUCAUUGGGGCCUUGCGCAUUCCUCUGUCCAUGAAAUAUGCCUGCCCCUCUCCCACGACAUGGAAACUCGCUGUGACGAGUCUCUUAACAGUUCUACAUGUUGGGUUACCCCUUGCUAGGAAGCAUCAAGACAAGUUCCAGACAAUGUGGCCAGUGUUGGCUGAUACUCUUGACGAAUUCCUGUUUCCAAAGAGCUUAUCAAUGAUCAAAACAGAGAGAAAUCUCGAAGAGAUCCAAGCUGAUGAGGCUGUCGACUGUCAGAUAAUGGAAUUACUGAGGGAUCAAGUCCUACCACAUUCCCAAUUCAUCCCUCAGGCUUUUAUACUGAGAAUAGUUAUGCUACUCAAUAAGGGCUCAAUACACUCGGCGACGUCCCUCCAUAAUUCAAGUACAAAUACAACUGCUAACUCGGUGGGUUCAGGGAUCAACGAUUUUUCCUCUGCCACAUUGAAUAAUUGUGAGACCAAGUUGAGGGAGGAGUUUGCAAAAACUUGUUUUGAAACACUUCUGCAGUUCUCGUUGGUCGAUGGGCUCAGUGAUGUCACCGAGUUUCCAAUGUUUCAGAGAGCGAUAAAUAACGCCACUAUUGGCGAUUGUGACGAUGAGAAUGGGGGAAUAGCUGGACGACUGGCAGUGACUGCAUUGUUGCACAGGUUCCAGCAGGUUUUGUAUCGUUAUAUCGAGGACGACAGGAAAAGUGGAAAAUGCCCGCUCCCCAGAUACAGAUUGUCGGAGAUAUCCUUUGUUCUUAAGGCUGUUGCGACUCUUGUGGUGUCGUUGAAGAAGGCACCAGCGAAUAAAGUGGAGAAAUCUGUUUGGCAACAACUAAUUGGACUUUAUCCCUGUUUGGUGGAGUGUAAUCUUGCUGCUGCUUCUCCUCAGGUGUCUAGGUCACUUAGGGAAGCUCUUAUGCAGUAUUACGAUCUUCUUAGGCCACCAGUGGAUGGGAGUGGCGGGGGGGCACCCUCCAUGUCCAAUAAUGGAGCUUGACCUGCUGAUGAACAAGUUCGAGGAGAAUUGAUUCAGUACGGGAGGAAUGGAAGGAGAUAAGUCUGAUUUAUGAUUUUUUUGCCAAUGUGUGGGCUUUUAUUGGAGAAUUCUUGGGGAACGAAAAAAAAGAUUCUUUGAUAUUUUUUGUAUAAACUUUGCCUUCUCUUCGAGAUCUACAGGAAAUAAUUCAAACAAUUUUCAUUGGUUCAAAGAAUAUUUGCUGGCUUAUUGCAAACAUCUAGGAAUUCAGGGGAGUCAUAAAUAGUAAUUUUGGGAAUCGACGUUCCCAAUGGGUCUCCCGGUAUUUUCUGAUGAAGCCAGAGCUUUGAAGGACAUUUGUGGAAUAAACUGCGAGAAUCUUGCGGAUAAUCUCUUUCCAAGACUUUUCUACAGAAUCGAUAUAUACAUUUGCUUUAUGUUCGAUUCAUAAAAUUUAUGCUUACGAGUGUUUUGUGAGUAAGUAAUUCAAUAAUAAACAGCGAGGCCUUAGUCAAUUUGGUGUUAUUCAGCGGAUAUGUUGAUGGGAGAAUUAACGAGUUACAAUCGUCUGUGUAUCUGUAUUGAAUUGUAUAAAUUUGUGUUAAUAAUUUAUAUUGUUUUUAAGUCUUCUUAGGUUUAUUGUAAUGAAAUGUUGUAGAUAUCUAUCCAUUAAUGAAGAUUAAAAACGAUAAUGUGAGAUGACAA